UUAUUAUUAUUAUCAUUUAUUUUAAUAACUUUUAUUAUCUAAUAUUGUUGAAGUAUUAUCAUUUUGAUAGCGCAUGCGUUUUAAAAUUUUUACCCUUUGCUCAUUCAUCAGGGAUAACCGCUUAAAAAGUACUCAUGUUAGUAUCAACCCCUUUUCAUUCAAUUUAUAUUCUAGCAAUGAAUCCGCGCAAGAUUGUUGGUAAUGAAUGAAACUUGUCAAUUUGAUAUUAAGAAAGACAUGGUAAUGGCAGAUCGUGCCAUGAAAAACGGUAGUUAUGGAAAAGAUGACUUUCAGAGAAACAAAUCUUCUGGAUCCUUUUACAGAGGUCAUCGAUCUGUUAUUAAAAAUCGUUCUUAUAUAAGUGAACAUGGAGUAACUUCUCGUAAAUAUAAUGAUGAAUCUUUUAAGAAAAAAGAUGACAUCUAUGAAUCAAGCAAGUCAACAUAUUAUUCUAAUUAUCGUUCAAGUGAAACUUUCUCUAAUCAUAAUGGGCAAUCUGAAGAUUCAAAAAUAUCAAAGAUUCUUAGAAAAAUGGUCAAUGAAGAAGAUACUCGAACUUUAAUAUCAUUAUGCAAUCAACUUCAAGAAGCAUUUUUAUUACCAGAAAAUAAAAAGUAUAUCAGACGUGCUACUGAUAACAUUAUUGAGUAUUUAUAUGAAUGUUUACACACAUCUCUCUCAUCAUAUGGUAAAUGUGCAAUUGCUAAAUGUUUAGGAAAAUUUGGACACGCUUUACAAUAUGACUGUAAAAGAUAUAUUGAUCUAAUUUUUCAUAAAUAUAACUCUGAACGUAGCAAAGAAGUUAAGACAUUAAUAAUGUUAGCUUUUUAUGAGCUGUCUUUAAUAGAUCAAAAAAAAUCUUAUUUGGAAAACCUAGCUCCCCUCAUACUGGAAAAUAUGCAUUUGGCUUUAGAAUCUAUUGAUUCACCUGAGUUAAUAACAGUUACUGCUGAAGUUGCUAUAAAUUUUUCUCAUGUAUACUGUGAAGCUUUUGAACCCUAUUUUAAGGAUACAGUUGAUAUCCUGGUAGGUUGGCAUAUUGAUACAUCUCAAUCAAAUGAAACUAAUAAACGUAUUUCACAAUGUAUAUAUCAAUUGUCAACUUAUUGGACAGCAGAUAUGAGUUUUACUUUAGGUUUAUUAGAUCAGUUAUUGGAGGAUAUGUCUUCAAUAUCAAAUGAAUUUGAACAAGAAGAAAACUCCGAAGAAAUUGAUUGUAGCUUAGAUAAGAUAUUAGCAUUUAUAAGAGUAUUUUGCACAGUUGCUGAAAGUGUUGGGGAGCAUUUAAGUCCUAAAAAUUCAUCAGUUGUGUCUUGGUCUUUUUUAAGUAAUGCAUUAACAAUUGUGUUAAAAACAUUGAUUAAUUGUAUGAACAUUAUAUUAAAUGAAAAUAUUGUGGAAGCAGCAAAUAAUUGUAUUUGGUUACUUUUGGAUAUUCUUCAAUCUCAAACACCAUUAAUUAAUGAUUCAAUGUUUCAAGUUAUUGAAAUGGAAAUUUUAAAUAUUAAUGAAUUUAACCUUACAGUUAUUGUAUCAAUGUUCAGAAUGAUAUCAAAAUUUAUAAAAGAAAGUAGCACAAACUUAUCAAAAAAAUUUAUUGAAAUGUUACUAUGCCAAACUUCAUGCUUACGACAAUUAAGAUUUUAUCCAUCCAUAAAGAUACAUGAUUCAUAUGUUGCUUUGUUUCAAACACUUUUGAGUAUGAAAAAUGUAUCCUUAGUACUUGUUGUAUAUAGAUUUAUUACUGGUGAUUUGGAGAAAGCCUGUCAAACAUUGGAUAGUAAUUUACCUACAUUUUGUAGUGAAAAUCCAUUUACCAAUGUAAAAUAUACACAUGAAGAAGCUUCAAUCAUAUUUCAUAUCUCAUUGAAGUCAUUAAUUGUUAUAGCUAAUGACAGUAAUUCAAUUAUUGGUAUGUGGGCAUUACAACCAAGUAUUUUUGAGUUAUUAUCCACAAGGUUAGAUCCAACAAAUAUUAAUCUCACAGAUUCACAGCGUUACUCACUACUAUUUUUAUUGUACUCACAUUGCAAAAAGCAUUCAAAUUUUAUUGCUAGUAGCUCACUAAUAACAGCUAUGAGAACAAGUGAAAAAUCUCAGCAAAGUGUAGAAAUAAACUCUCAGAAAAGUGGGAAUCUUAUCAAAAUUUUUAGUAUUUUUGAUAGUAUUUUAAAAAAGAAUGUAAAUGUUGAUUGCAAACAGUUAAUAUUAAAAUGGAUUCAUGAGCUUAUGGUACAAGCGGACAGUACAAGUUAUUUAAGUAUAAUUUUACUUUCUAAAGAAAUGAUAAAUAUUAUAAAAACAUUAAUUUAUACAACAAUGAAGUGUAAUCAACAUACACUCUACGAAGGAACAGCACAAAUCUUCAAUAUUGUUCUUGAAAAUUCUCUAUUUUGUCAAUCAAAACCAAUAUUAAUUUUUGAUAUACUAGAUUUAUGCCUUAUGUGUGUUAAUUUUAUUGAUAACAAGGUCAAUAAACUCUAUUAUGAAUUAAUUCAUAAAAUAUCUUUUGUAACUGUUCUUCAAAGUUUAUCAACUCGGUCAUUAAAAUGUGAAAAUAAAUUCAACAAAAAAUUAAAGAAUUUGAUGGUUUCUCAUAUGAGACGAAAAAUUGAUGUCACAUUACAAACGGAAUAUUUUAAAAAUUACAUGUGUGAAAUUUUUGAGCCGAAUGGAAUUGAAGAUAACUCUAGCAAUUACUGGCUAUUGGAUGUGAUGAAUGGCUGUUCUUUAGAAAAUGAAGUCGAAAAAACUGAUUUAUCAACUUAUGCUCAACAAUAUCGUAUUUUAUUAUUCUUUUGGGUUAACUGGGAAGCAGCUAACUUUUGUGUAACAAAUCGUCUUCGUACUCCUUUUGGAAAACCAAAUUCUACUUUUCGAGUUAUUGAAAAUGGUAUAAAAUCUUGGGCACGUGAUUCAAUUUCAAAAAUGAAUGAAAAUAUCCAAGUUGAAAAUUUUGAAGGUCAACUAAUAAACUUAAGAAAUGCAAGGAACUUGACAACCUUUAUUGAGUUUUUAGAAAAAUCUGUAUGUAAUGCAAUUGAUGGUACUGCUACGACAUUAUCACCGGCACAGAAACCUGUUCGACAUUUUUUUCAUACUAAUCGGAAUACUUGUUAUGAGUGGAAUACAACUAUACGUAGUGCGAUGCUUGCUGUUUCCUUAAACUCUGGUUUGAGCUCAUCUGCCAUUCGUCAUGGGCAACAUUUAAUCCAACAUUUAGCUAAGCAUUCAGAACUUCCUCUUAAAGAUUAUAUUUUAGUUAUUAUUCAACUUGCUUGGGCAUACUGUAGACUUCAAGAGUCUGACUGCAUUAGAGGUCUUUAUGUUUGGUCUAAAGAAAAUGUUCAUUUGAAACUCCCAUUUUUAAAUGUAAUGGCUAAUCAAGCUUGUGGAAAAUUUGAAGAAGCAGCGGAGUGCUACAUUCAUAUAUUAACGGGCAAUUCCGAAGAACUAAUUAUUAAUCUUAAAAAUAAUCAUUCACAGAAUAUAGAUGGUUCUUUGAUGGUAUUACAAAAAUUUAUAUCAGAACAGUUAAAAGAAUGCUAUAUGGCUAUAUGUGAUUGGAAACCUUUGCUUGAUUGGACACAUAGUGAAGAUAAUAUUUUAUUAACUGACAAUAAAGAUUGUUUUUUUUGGCAAAAUAGAUUUUUAUCAAAAAUCAGUUUACAAUUCAUUAAUGAUUUAGAAGAUGGUAACUGUGAUUAUAUUAAUAGUUUAGAAAACUGGGAUAUUGACUUUCAACCAAAAGUCAUUAAGACCAAUUGGAAUUGCUUUGAUAUAAUUAAUGAAGUUCGAAGUAAAUUAGUGUAUAUAUUACUGAAAACAAAUAUUUAUAAAGGAAAAUUGGAUGAAAAAUUAAAACCUAUUGUAGAAGAUUGUCAAGAAGUCAUACGUAAUAUUUUUCAAGAAUGUUUGACUGAUAGUCUUUUGGAAUAUUCUCAAGAAGUAUCUAUACUUUCUUAUGCUAUAAAAUGUAUUUUAGAAGAGAAACCUAUGCAAUGGGAUGUGACUAAUGAAAUGAAUGUCAAAUCAUUGGGUUCUAGUUUGAUAAGUCAAGCUUUAUUUUGGAUGAAAAUUCUUAGUAAUCAGUCAUUAGAUUUAAAUAGUAUUAAACAAUGUAAUCAACAAUACAAUGCAUCUGAAUUAUAUUUAAAAUUGGCUGUAGAAGCACGAAAAGAGGGUAAUGUAAAUUUAGCUACUCGAGGAAUGCUUCACUACUUAAAAUCAAAUAAAUCUUAUGAGUUUAUAAAUUUAUCAAACAAUUUAUUAGAAAAUAAAUCUGAGUCUAUUUCUUCAUUGUUACAAAGAGUUGGAAAACUUCUUGUAAAUGAAAAUAAUUGUAAUGUUUGGCCACAGAAUCAUGCAGUAGUAGUACGACAAUUUUCUAAAUUAGUAUAUAGAUGCGUUUCUCAAGAUUUAGGAAUUGAAAUGUGUAUGAAGUCUGGACUUAAAUUAUUAGAACUAGCUCAAUUGAAUGAAGAUUCCAAUUUGAAAGAAGAAAGUGCACGAAUGUUAAUUACGCUGAGCAAAUGGUUAAAUUUUGAAAACCAUAAAUUUACUGAUGAAGUAAUUAUUAAGUCCUCUAUAAAUAAAUCAAAUAUUUUAUUGGACUUUUCUAAUGAUAAUUCAUUAAAUACUGGUCAACUUAUUCGAGAAGUAAUACAUUAUGAUAACACGUCGGUAAAUGAUUUGGAUCAUGUAACCCUUUUGGUUGGCCAACUUUUGAGGAUAACAGUGUCAUAUUGUCCAACUAUGGCAAAAGCUUGGAAUGAAUUAGCGGGCUGGUGUUAUAAACUAGGUCGUAAAGUUGUAGAUGAUGCUUAUAAGCGUAAUACAUAUUUCUUAAAUGAAUCAGAAAUGGCCAAAAUAGAUACUUAUAUUCCUUCAAGUGCUACUGCUGAAGAUAGAGAGAAAGUGUAUGCAAUACUUAAUGUUGUAACUUCAUCACCUCCUCAACAAGAUGAUGAUGACAUUGGAAGUGAACAUAUUUAUACUACUGAAACAUUAGAAUACCAGUUACAAAAUGUUAUGUACUUUGAAGAAAAUGAACUAACUGGACUAAUUGACUGGUGGAGAAAAUCCCAUUCUAGAAUAUAUGGAUACUAUCAACUUUCAGCUCAAUCAUAUUUUAAAUUUUUGCAGCUGUGCAGCAGCUACCAAGAAGAAUCAAUUGCAGCCACUUUGAGAUUAUUACGUCUCACUGUAAAACACGCCUUAGAAUUACAAGGUUCUCUAGAAGAAGGAUUAAGCAAUACUCCCACAAAACCUUGGCGAUCUAUUAUACCUCAACUUUUUUCUAGACUUUCCCAUCCUGAACCUUAUGUUAGACGUACUGUGUCUGAAUUGUUAUGUAGAUUAGCAAUAGAUGUACCACAUCUUAUAACAUUUCCAGCAGUUGUUGGGUCAGAUACAGGCCUAAGAACUAUAAAUGAAAUACCAUCUUCAAGUAUAUUAAUUAAACCAUGUAAAGAAAUGCUAGAAGAAAUUAAUGUAGUACGCGAAGAAAUAGAUAGCAAUGAAGAAGAUGAUGAUCUGAAAAUUGGACAAGAUGAACAAGCAAUAGUCCUUGAAGAUUGUUUUCAUUCUAUGGUUAGCACAUUAUCAAAACAGGCAGGAGAAAUGAUUGCUGAGGUAAGAGUUCUAGUAUCAGAGUUGCGUAGAAUCACACUAUUAUGGGAUGAGCUGUGGUUAGGAACACUUACACAGAGACAGGCUGACAUAAGUAGACGUAUCUCUCAAUUAGAGUCUGAAUUAAGUAAAACUGAAAAUCAUCCAUAUCUCUCAGAAAUUGAAAAGGAACGUAUUGCUAUAGAAAAAUAUACAAUUUUACUUAGACCGAUCCUCUUUAUUUUUGAACAAUUACAUGCUAUUACCUCAGUUAAAUCUGAAACUCCUCAUGAAAAAUGGUUUCAAGAAAAGUUUGGCUCAUACAUACAACAAAUGUUAGACAAAUUAAGAAAACCUACAGAUUUUGCUCUAAUUAAUGUACAAGAAGUUUGGAAAUUAAUAAAAACAUUACAAAAUAAUCUUCAAACACGUAUAAGCAAACGAGGUUCAUAUUCAUUAAAAAUGGAUACUAUUAGUCCAAUAUUAGCUAAUCUAAAAGACACAAAAAUUGCUAUGCCAGGAGUUGAGAGUGUUGUUACAGUUGCUUCUAUAAAUAAUAAUGUGGCCAUUUUACCUACAUUCACUAAACCUAAGAAACUUAUUUUCUAUGGAUCAGAUGGAAAAGCUUAUACAUAUUUGUUUAAAGGCCUUGAAGAUCUUCAUUUAGAUGAACGUAUAAUGCAAUUACUGUGUAUUACAAACACAUUGCUUAGUGGAUCUUGUGAAAAGUAUAGAGCUCAUCAUUAUCCAGUUAUACCAUUAGGACCAAGAUCAGGUUUAAUUUCUUGGGUUGAUGGUGUUGUUCCUAUAUUUAUGCUUUACAAAAAGUGGCAACAAAGACAUGCAUCUAAUAAUGAUGGUGUGAUUAUGCGUCCUUCAGAGUUAUUUAAUUCAAAAUUAGUACCCUUAUUAAAAGAAAAAGGCAUCACAAAUUUAGAUAAUCGAAAAGAAUGGCCAUUGAGUAUCCUUAAAGAAGUUUUAAUUUCUUUAAUGAAUGAAACACCAAAAAAUUUACUUUCCAAUGAGUUGUGGACACAAAGUGUUGACUGUGGUUCUUGGUGGCAAUCAUCAUCAUUGUAUGCAACAUCACUAGCUGUCAUGUCUAUUAUUGGCUAUAUUAUUGGUUUAGGGGAUCGUCAUUUAGAUAAUCUUCUUGUAAAUCUUCAAAGUGGAGAAGUUGUCCAUAUAGAUUAUAAUGUUUGUUUUGAAAAAGGUAAAACAUUGCGCGUUCCUGAGAAAGUACCAUUUAGAUUAACUCCAAACUUAAAAGAAGCUUUAGGGGUUACUGGAAUAGAGGGAAAAUUUCGUUUAACUUGUGAACAAGUUAUGAAAGUGUUGAGAAAAAAUAAAGAAACAUUAUUAACAUUGUUAGAAGCAUUUGUGUAUGAUCCACUUAUUGAUUGGACUCCUGAAAAUGAAACUGGAUAUACAGGUGCUGUAUAUGGUGGUCGUCGAUCAUUGGUUACAGAAAAUAAAAUAAAUAGAAAACAACUGGAAAAAGAAAUUACUUUAGCGAUGCUGAAUAUUCGUAUAACAGAAGCAAAGUAUGAUUGGAUUACCAAUAAAAAAAGUAUGGAGGAGUCUUUAGAAACAGUUGAAGAAAGUAUAAAUAAUUACUUGAUUGAAAAAGUUAAAUUGCAAAAAAUGGAAGAAGGCUUAGCAGAAAGUCAUCAAUUAAUGGCACUGGUAAAAGAAGCUGAAGCCUCACCCACUGGUCAGCAUCCAUUAUAUAAACUUCCUGAGCGUUACUUUGCACUACAGCAAACUCAGAGCAUGAUGAUUGGUUCAACUAUGUCUUUAAGACAAAAAGUUGAAGAUUGUGAUUCUAGAUUAUCACAAUAUGAAAUGGCUAUGCAUUAUCUUGCUGCUAGUCAGAUUCAUUUAAUGAUUGAAAAAGAAGAAACAAAAUUGCAUCAAAGCUAUAAUAGUCUUUUAUCAGAAGAUGUAAAAGAAUUUUUACAAAAUGCUGGGCAAACUAAUUUAAUAGAACAAUGCAUGCAAUCAAAUGAUGAAUUAUCACUAUUAUGUCAUCGUCAAAAUAAACUGAUUACUCUUUGUUUAAGAUUACUAAAUGAUGUUCAGUGUUUAACUAAUUUAUUUCCCAAAUCUCAUAUUCGUAAUCAUCGUUUAACAUAUUAUCAACAGUGGCUACGAUUACUUAUGGAUUGUCCAACAAUUUCAAUGUGUGAACAAGUAAAAGAAGAGCAUAAAAUGUUAUAUUUAGGUGUACCAAAAGCUGAACCCCCUACACAACAAACAUUAACUUAUAAUAUGGAGUUACAUCAAACUGCAUUAGAAGCUAGUUGCCAUACUGCUAAAAUUAUUGAACGAAUCAGAGAAAUAGAUUAUGUUACUUCAACAUCAAGUGAUGAAAGUAUUUUAAUUAAACUUAUUGAGAACUCUCAUGAUGUUUUGGAAUUUAUAAUUGCGGCUGACCUAUCUACAUUAAAUAAAAAAUUCCUUAUGAUCGAAACAUCUGCAUCUAAUGCAGGUACACGAAUAUUAGAUAUGACAUCUAAAGAUGGAGAAUGGAUCUUAAUUGAUAUGUAUAUGAUGACAACUGUUGCUCUUAAAAUAGGAUCUUUGGUGCUUACAAAUGAUAAUACAAAAAGUGUUCAAACUGAUUCUGACUUAAUAUCAGCUUUUAAUUGUUUACGUGCAGUUCAAAGUCUUUAUUGUAGUUUGCAGAAAAUAAACUAUAACUUUAUAGACAUAAUUAUGCCAGAAACUAUAAAAAAGUUAUGUGUUGAAGAACCUAGUACUAUAGCAAUCAUAACAAAUUUAAAUAAUGUUAUUAAUAAUUGUUCUAUGAAUAUCAAUGAUUUGAUAGAACAACUGAACAUUCACUUACGUCAUGUUAUAAUGGGAAUGAAAUCUCCAAAUGAUAGUUGUCAAAUAAUUGUGCAAGAUAUUCGAAAUAAAUUUUUUGAACUUAUAAAAAAACAUGAUAAUAUUGUUCUAACUCAAGGUGAAAUGCUUUUAAUUGGAUUUUAUGGGCUAUUUGAAGAUGUCAUACUAGCUAAUGAAAAUGUUAUCAAAGCAAAAUCUAAACUUAAGAUUCCAACUGCUUGGAAAACAGUAGAUCAAAUAAGAGAAGCUAAAUCUUUACUGGGAGCCGUUUUAGAUUAUGAGCCUUGUAGUAUAUUGAAUGAUAUUAUGUUUCUAAAAACACUUUUAACCAUGAAAGAGGUAUUUAAUAUUUGUACUGAAAUAGCAAUAAACUUUGGAGGAAGAAAUACUCAAGGAAUUGGUAUUUCUCAUUAUAAUGAAAGUGUUAUAAUUAAACCAGUAAAAUGUUUUGUUGCUGAUUGUCUAACAAAACGUUUAUUGGGUUUGUUUUCUCAUACUGUUGCUAUUACUAUUUGUUUUUUACUGCAACAUACUGGAUUUAAUAUAAGUGCUGAAUUAGAAAAAAGAGAUAUUGGGGCUGAUAGUAAAAUACCUUUAGAAGAACUUUGUAAAAAAUGUACGGAGGAGGCUAUUAAAAUGGGUAAAUUUAAUCGUGGUCAAUUUUUGGAUCAUUCAACUUCUUUAAACAAGUUGGAAGAAUUUUGGAGGAAAUCUGAAUUGCAUACUCAUUUAACCAUGAGAGCCCAGCAAUCAGAUAUAAGUGCUCAAAGAUUAGCAAUUCAAUAUGCUUCUCACUGUUGGUUGCAUGCUAUUCCUACAAUAGGACAAAUUGACAAUUUACUCAUACCUGAUCGAGCCACAAUCUUAAUGGAGUUAAACAAUAUUUUAUCACCAUUAGCAGUUUUACAGUCUCAAAUUAUUGAACAAAUGGAACAUAGAAGUUCUUUAAUAGUAACUGUUGAACAACGCUUAAAAUGGGCUUCUGGAGCAAAUCCUUCUGUUGCUGAAGUAACAAAUAAUUUUGAAGAUAGAAUGAAGCAUGAAAAAAUGAUAAUUGAUUCUAACCAAAGCUUGUGCACAUCUUUAUUAACAGUAGUUAGUUCUUUACUUCAAACUGAAUCACUAUUUACACGUACUUCAGAAGCCAUAUCUGCAGAUAUCUCUUUUUUACAAUUGGUAGAAGAUUACCAGAAAGCAUGUUUUAUGGUAUCUAAUAUUGGAAUAUCAAUAACUCCAGAGGAAGAAAACCUUAUGAAAGUAGUUCCUUUACCUCAGGGUCCCAUUGAGUGGUCUUGGUUAAAUGAUACUGUGAAUAUUAUUUCAGAUAAUGUUCAAAAAUUAGUAGCUACACAAGAACCACUUAGAUCGAAAAUAAAUCACAUUCAAAAAUGUAUAAAUGAACAAUCAAUUAUUCUUAAAUCGACCUUGACAUCACAUAACAAAAUUAUGUCUGAUAUUCGUUCAUUGUUAAAAUCAUUAACUAAAAUUGAUAAUGUGGGCACUGCCAGUAUAAACUAUAUGUCAAAGUAUUCAAACUAUAUUGAAAAAUUAAUGUCAUUAAUUGAAUUACUAAACACACACGAUGAACCAAGUAGUAAAUAUUUGCAAAAUUUAUUAGAAACUGUACAAACAUUGAGAAUUAACACAUCUGCUAUCUAUGAUGAUUUACUAUCAAUCUUGGGCGAAAAAGAUUUACUUGUCAAACAAAAUAAACGCCCGCCAUUAUUGCGCCAAGAAAGUGUAUGUUUAUCACCAAGAAAAGGUUUACCCAGGGAUCCACAUACAGGAAAAGUUGUUCAAAAAUGUAACGCUUAUGCUGUAAGUGUUUGGCGAAGAGUAAGAAUGAAAUUAGAAGGUAGAGAUCCAGAUGUAGGACGAAGAUCAACUAUAACUGAACAAGUUAAUUGGGUGAUAAAUGAAGCAACAAGUAUUGAUAAUUUGGCACUGCUGUAUGAAGGCUGGACGCCAUGGGUGUGAAUAAUACAAUUUAUAGGCACUAUAAAGUGCCUUAUUGGGAUUGCAAACAUUAAAUACUUAUUACGACAACUGAAUUAUUGAUCAUUCAACCAUAUGUGUUUUAUGAACUAGGAUACUGUUGGGUUAACAGUGUGAAGUCCAUUCAUAAAUAUCUAUCUAAAAAUAUUAUGUAAUAAAAAUCUAAAACAAUACUAGCCAUUGCAAAAUCGUAACAGCUAAGAAUAAGACCAUAAAUGUUUUUGGUUAUUCAAAUGGUAUAAGAUUAAAGGGUAAAGUUGUUGAAUUUGUCGUAAUUGUGUAAAACAUACAUAGUUUUUAUGUGGUGUUUUUAUAUUUUUAGUAUAGUAAUUCUAUUCUUCUUACAAUUUAGUUUUAUUUUGAGUUUCUGUAUACUAACUGUAUUUUUUCUUUAUUUCACAGCAUGCAUUAUCUUUUUUUUUUUUAUAUACAUAAAUUUAUUAUAUAUUUUAUUUUUAUUUUGAAAAUUUAUGUUGAUAAAAAAUAAUGGCAAUUUUUUUCCUUGAUUUAAAUAGAAAUUAUACUUAAAUAAAAUGUU